ACGAACGCACCCUUCCUAAGCCUUUCACUUCCGGGAUAUCAUGACUGUCAAAACAGAAUCUAGAAACAUCUUUCUGAAGCUAUAUAGUCGAUGACAGACUGAAAACGGUAGUGACGACGGUUCUGUUCCAGAUUCAGAAAAAAUCAUCAAACUGUAAUGGCGUCUUAUUUUGAUGAACAUGAUUGUGAGCCUCUGAAAGAUGGCGAACAACCGAAUCACUUGUUACACAUGGCAAGAUUACUCCUGGACAGCGGACUUGCAGCUGAAUGGGAUCUAGAAUAUGGCAGGGUUUUUGGAGGAGAGGGGAAAUCUCCACCUGCUUCAAAGAAGGUUGUGGAAUCAUUACCUACCCACCUGGUGACACCUGCUGAAGCUGCUCUGGAGAAGAAAUGUCCUGUGUGUUUAGGUCUGUUUGAUGAGGAGGAUGAACUUAAGGAAAUACCAUGCUGUCAUCGGUUCCACUCCAAAUGUAUCCUACCCUGGCUAGAGAAGGUAAACAGUUGUCCUCUAUGUCGUCAUGAAUUACCUACUGAUGAUCCUGAUUAUGAAGCAUACAAAAAACACAAAGCUAGAGCAAAACAGCGAGAAUUUGAAAUGGAAGAGCUGCACAACUCCAUGUUCGGAUGAGAUUGUUACAGGAAAGUGACUAGUAAGAACUGAAGGAUAUGAUAUAAAAUUAUCAGUCUCCAAAUCAAAACUGACAGUUUGGUUUACACAGAAUUCACAUUGGAAAACUAGAGUAGCUAAAGACAGGCUAGCCAUUGGCUUUCUCUGUGAAGACCUCUGACAAUGUGCGAGUCUACCUACUGCCACAUUCCAAUCCUUAUAGGUGGAAUUAAGUGUACCAGCUGGGAGCUACUCAUGGGAACUGCUGGUCAUUCUCUGAGGGAGAGAUGAUUACUUAGUACUCGUGAGAAAAGUGAUAUAGAGUACACCAGAUAUAAUUUAUUUAUAAUGCAGCAGGACUGUUAAUGAUCUUAUUCCACAGACGUUUUCAUAUAUGUGUACGCUUUGUACCUCCCUGAACACUUCAGUAAUAAAGAUUGUGUUCAUCACA